ACGCCGCGUUUUGUUGGAAAGAAAUCGGCCGGUAAUCCUUAGAUCGGUGAGCGGAUCCCUCAUCAGGAGGAGAAGGACGGUCGGAGCCAAUCGAGCCGCCUACUUCUCGUACCGUACAUCGGAAGAUAUUUCUCGCCCAAAAUUUUUCGCCCACCCUUCGAGGGGGGAAAAGUCAAGAUUUCUGGAGCGGCAGCACAAGAGUGGGAGGAGUCAUCCGAGUCCAAGACGGUCUCAGCGGUGUCGAGGUGUCUCCCUCCUUCUCUGCUCCGAUCUAGGGUUUCCGCCGGCGAGGAGAUGGCGAGUCGGCGGCCGAGAUCCUCGCCGCUGGCCCUCGGCGCCGCCCGAUCGCUGGCUCCGAUGGUCGCCGGAGCUUCCCCGCCGGCGUGCGGCGCGGGCUCGCUGGGGGAUGAGGCGAUCUGGAAGCGGCUUCGGGAGGCAGGGUUCGAUGAGGAGUCGGUGAAGAGGAAGGACAAGGCCGCCCUCAUUGCCUACAUUUCCAAGCUCGAAUCCGAGAUAUAUGACUAUCAACACCACAUGGGGCUUCUUAUAUUGGAGAGGAAGGAGUGGACAUCCAAAUAUGAACAAGUUAAAGCAUCUGCUGAAUCUGCUGAGAUUGUAUACCAGCGUGAGAAAGCAGCACAUUUAUCUGCUAUAGCGGAAGCAAGGAAACGAGAAGAGAGCCUAAAGAAAGCUUUAGGAAUUGAGAAAGAAUGUGUUACAAAUAUUGAGAAGGCCUUACAUGAUAUGCGUGCUGAAUCGGCUGAAACAAAACUUGCAUAUGAAAAUAAACUAGCUGAAGCUCGUCAAAUGAUGGAAGUUGCACAACAGAAAUUUGAUGAGGCGAAAGGAAAGUUGCUUGCAGCAGAAUCCUUGCAUGCAGAAGCCAGCCGGAGCCAUAAUACUGCAUUAAGAACCUUACAGGAUGUUGAAGCACGUGAAGAUGAACUCAGGAGGGAUCUUAUUUCUUUUAGAUUGGAAUGUGAUGCUAAGGAGCAAGAAAUGAAUCGCGAAAGGCAAACCCUAUAUGACAGGCAGAAAAUUCUUCAUGAGGAACAAGAGAGGUUGAUAGCAGCACAGACCUUAUUAAAUCAGAGGGAGGAAUAUAUCUUUGAAAGAACAAAAGAAUUAAGCUGCUUCGAAAAAGAAUUGGAAAAAACAAGAACAAAUCUUGAAGAAGAACACAGAGCUUUGAAAGAAGAAAAGUCUGACUUGGAUCUAAAAAUUGCUGCUCUUGCAACUAGGGAGGAGGCCAUGAUCAAGAGGGAAUCAUUGCUUGACAAAAGAGAGCGUGAGUUGCUAAUGUUACAAGAAAAGAUUGCCUGCAAGGAACAUGAUGAGAUCAAAAAACUUACAGAUAAACAUCAAUCUGCUCUGGAAAGGAAGAGAAUUGAAUUUGAAGCUGAAUUGGAACACAGACACAGGAUAUUAGAGGAUGAGAUGGAGGCCAAAAGAACAGCUUGUGAAGUUAGGGAGGCUGGUCUCAGUAACAGGGAAAAUGCUAUUCAGAAAAGAGAACACUCUAUUAAGCUUGAGUUGAGUGCAUUAGCAGAAAAGGAAGAGAAUGUGGCUAAAAAAAUGAAAUUACUGGAGGAGAGAGAACAAAAUCUACAUUCUACCCAAAAAGCAGCAGAAAUUGAGUUGCAAAAUAUGCAGAAGGAAAGAGAAGAUAUGCUGAAAAUGAAACUAGACCUUGAGAAUUCUAAAUCUAUCCUAGAAGAUGAAAAGAAAGUGCUUCUCUGUGUACAGGAGAAACUGGAGCUAACGAUAGCUGAGAAAAAUGAGUUUUUUGUUCUGGAAGGAAAACUAAAAGAAGAAAUUGAUGGUCUUAGAGCCCAAAAGAUGGAACUUGUAGCUGAAGCUGAUAAAUUGAAGGCAGAAAAGGAGAAGUUUGAGAUUGAGUGGGAGCUAAUUGAUGAAAAAAGAGAAGAGUUACGGAAAGAGGCAGAAUGGGUUGCUGAAGAGAGAAAAGCAGUGGACCGGUACCUUAAAAAUGAACAUGAUAGCAUUAAAUUGGAGAAGGAAAAUUUGCGCAAUCAGUUCAAGAGUGAUGUUGAAUCCUUGUCUCAUGAGCGGGAGGAAUUUUUAACCAAGAUGGAGCUUGAACAUUCAGAUUGGUUCAGCAAGAUUCAGCAAGAAAGGGAGGAUUUUGUGAGAGACAUCAUGAUUCAGAGGAAGGAGUUAGAAAAUUGUAUUGAUAAAAGACGAGAGGAAAUUGAAACUUACUUAAAAGAAAGGGAGGAAGCAUUUGAACAAGAAAAGGCCAGGGAACUCCAGCAUAUAAAUUCUCAAAAGGAAUUGAUUGCCAAGGAGUUGGAACAUGUUGCAUCUGAGUUGCAAAAGCUUAAUGAUGAGAGAAUGGAGAUUGCUCAGGACCGUGAGAAGAGGGAGAAAGAGUGGUCUGAGAUAAAGAGCUCCAUUGAAGCACUUGAUGUUCAACGGGAGAAGCUGCAGAAGCAGAGGGAAUUAUUACGUUCAGAUAGAGAAGAAAUUUAUCAACAGAUUCAACGUCUUAAAAAAUUGGAAGAUUUGGACAUUGACUCCGAAAAUAGGGCUCUAUCCGAGACACCAAAUAAAUGGAGGGUUUCUUUCAGAACAAACAUGAAUGCAGGUGUUGUGCAAGACAUUGAUGAUCCAAAUGGACAGCAGGUUACUGCUAACGGUGGUUCUAAACUAAAGUUGCUUUCUGAAAAGACCCCAGAUGCUUCACCUCCUACACCUGCUGCUCUAUCCUGGGUCAGGAAAUGUGCCGAGGUGAUAUUCAAGCAUUCUUCAGAAAAAACUAUAGAACAUGUUGAAUGCAAAAACUCAACCAAGUUUGUGAAAGUGUCAGAAGGAAAUGAUUUUAGCCCUUCAAAAUCUGUUUAUCAUAGGAAAAAAACCUCUGGAGAUGGUAAAAGAAUUAGCAUGUCAAAAUGGAAAGACCUUCAAGAUCCAUCUGUUGCAUCUGAGAAAAUGGAGUCAAAGGGUCAUGAGAGAACUGGAAGAGAGGAGAUGCAGUCUGUGAGAUCUGAUUCACUGCAUGUGGAUAAUGAAGGCUUGUGUAUUGCCAAAAUUGAAAGUAACACAAAUAAGAAAGUCAGCGCAUUGCCAUUGGGAAGAAAAAGACAUAACAAUGCACUAUCUCAUGAUCAUGCUGACAUGCAGUUGGAACCAAGUCAGAAGCACCAGAGAAAGACAAAGCAGCAUGGGAGUGCUGAUGUGGAAGGAAUCACUUCUAACUGCCUGUUUAGAAUGCAAAUGCCAAACUCAGAUGACUGUGACUCAGCAUCUCUUAACCCCCCGUCAGGAUGUGAAGAACUUCCUGUGGGGUGCAAAGAUCAAGAACGUGAAAACCCUGAAGUUUCAAUUCCAAAGUCACCAGAAGCUUCUCAGAACACAUCUGCGGUCUUGCACUUUCAUAUUUCUGAAAAUGGAAAUUCUAAUGGAUCAGGAAGUUCUUCCCUUGUUGGAGAUGGCAUGCUGUUGUCAGGUUCAAAUUUUCAUGAAAUGAUGAAGAAACAAGAAAAAGUAGAAGACCAAGUGGUCUUCGAGGGUGAAGAACCGUCAAAAGAGAUUGCUAAGCUUGCAGUGGAACUAAUUGCCAAUGAGGGUGACAAAAUUAAAGAGCAAGAUGUACACAACCGAGAUGGUGAUAAUGAAGUUGAGGAUGAGGACGAGAAUAGUUUGUCUGCAAAACAGAAAUUGUGGAAAUUUCUUAUUACCUGAUUACAUAGAUAACUAGUAUCAUAGAGGAGAAGGCAGAAUCCUCCGGCAUCUAAAGUCGUGUUGGUAGUGGCAUAGAAGAUCGAAGAACAUGCAUUGGAUCUGUGAGCGGUAGUUUUGCAAUCCGCUGUGGUAUCCACCUUUUUUUCCCCUUGUUUUUUGAAUUUCCCUGCUUUGGUUCUAAACAUGUAAAGUGGUGUUUGUUAGUGUGCAGAAUCUGUAAGUAUGUUUCCACCUUCAUACCAUGUAAGAAAUGAAUGAGUGAUGAUAGUGCAUAGAAAUGUGUUUGGAAGUUCUGUA